GCCCGCAGCCUCCAGAAGCGGGGGAGAUGAACCUCAACUUCACCUCGCAUGCGGUGCACUCCGUGUCUUCCCAGAGGCCGACUUCUUUCUUCAUCGAAGACAUCCUGCUGCACAAGCCCAAGCCGCUGCGGGAAGUGGGGCCCGAGCACUUCCACCACAGCCCUCUGGCCUCCCGGGUCCCCCUGCUGGACUAUGGGUACCCUUUGAUGCCGCCCCCCGCCAUCCUGGCGCCUCACCCGCAUCACCCACUCCAUAAGCCGGAGCACCAUCACCACCCUUAUUUCCUGACCACUGCGGGGGUGCCUGUGCCCGCCCUCUUCCAGCCUCACCCGCACGCCGAGCUUCCGGGCAAGCACUGCCGCCGUCGGAAGGCCCGCACCGUCUUCUCGGACUCGCAGCUGUCGGGCUUGGAGAAGCGCUUCGAGAUCCAGCGCUACCUUUCCACGCCAGAGCGCGUGGAGCUGGCCACGGCGCUCAGCCUCUCCGAGACGCAGGUGAAGACGUGGUUUCAGAACCGGCGAAUGAAGCACAAGAAGCAGCUGAGGAAGAGUCAGGACGACCCCAAAGCCCCCAGCGCAGACGAGGGCGCCGAGCAGGGAGCCAGCGAGCCAGAACUGCUGCCGUCGGACAAAACCCCCGGCGAGCCACGCAAAGGCGGAGGCCACCCGCCGGCCUUCCUGCUGGAGGAAACCGAGGACGAGGUGGACAUCAUCGAGGGGGUGGAGUUGUGUGAGGCCCAGCACCUAAUAUAGCCUCCCUCCGACGCUUUUCCUGCCCCGCAGAAGACUUGGGGGCGUCGGAAUUCACCCUUCCUGCCUCUGCGUUGCCGCUGGCCGGACAAGAAGGUGGCUGGUCAAAAGACUCCUGGAUUCGCAUCCAAACUGGUGCAAGAUGGGUCUAACCCGCGUGGCCCCAGAUCCUGGGCUAAGCACAAACCCCCGACAAAUCUGGGGGAGGGGGGUAGAAAUCCACCCACCCACCCACCCUCCCAGGACUGGGUAUCGUCAUCCACAUUUCCCGGCCCUGUCGAGUUUAGUUUAAGACGGUUAAAGCCCUGAGUGUGUGAGAGAUCGUGUGAACGGGCGGGAAGGCGGAUUGAGGUUCAGGACUUGGAGGGACAGGUGGUCCGUAACGGUAGGAAACGAGGCAACAAGUUCGGACCCAGGCACUCCAUUUUCUCUUGAAGAAAACGAUAAAGACUGGGAAACCACCAGCUUUCGGGUUCUUUCCAGGGGUGAUCUCCAAACGGGACGGGGCCCUGUGCACACCGGGUCUCUGCUUUAAAAGCCCCGACUUGUUAAAUGAAAACUAGGUUUCAUUUACGGGUAAUGUGUGCGAAAUGGCCGUGGAUUCUCUGUAGGCCAGGUGGACAAUGCUCGACAUUCUUAAAUGACACGACUAAGGCAAUUUUAAAAUGCACGUGAACGCACGAUAUUGCUUCUGCACCUUGUACAGUAAUUCUCAGUCUUCGAGGCUGCGAUAGAGAACACUUCCUUGUCUCUCCCCUCCCACGCAUCCACCUGAAUCCUAUCCAGCUUUACUCGGAAGCAAGCGCCACUGCGUCCACUUUCCGUGUAAACGUGCAUACUAUUGCAAUCUUCACAAAGGAGCGUGCAAUCGGAGGGUCACCAGCACCUUAAAGCUCCGUUGAUUGCAACGAAUGCAUGAUUAGACGUGCGUAAACGUUCUCGAAAGGUGCUUGAUUAUAAGCUGAUCGUGCCCGAAAUUUAUCGCACAGUCAGAGCAAUCUUAUGCAUGCUUACUCAGAAACAAGUCCCGCUGUGUUCAAAGGGCUCCUCCCAGAAAAAUAUGCAUAGGGUGGUUGCAGCCUCUAGCAAGACUUGCUUUUGAAACAUCUUACCCUAGCAAGCUGAAGGCCCGCUCUUAUAAAAGAUCGUUGCUCUGCAAAGAGAGCAAGGAAUGUAUUUAUUUUUCUAAUUGUUUAAAUAUACGUAUAUAACACUGGAGGCAGAAAGGUCCUAAGGCGUGGUUUCGCAUCCGAAAGUUGUGCUGAACAGCGCGGAAAGCGCUACUCACAAAAGUAAACUGAAAACAGGUAAGAAGAAAGGGAGAUGUGUUUGAAAUUUGCAAAGGAAAGCAAGACUUGCAAAAAAGUAUCCGUAAUGAAGAAUCCAAAACAAAUACAUCCGGUUCAGAGAUUGGGGUGAUAUGGAAUUAACUGACAAAGUUUGUCAAGUUUUUGUCUCAUUAUGGUUUUCGUUUGUGUUAAUGUUUUGAAAAAAUGUUCAAUCGUCUACCGGUGUGGAAAAACAUUUUCUUCCAAAAUCGGGGACUGGGGGUUAGGUUCUGAGUCCGCUGUAGCGAAAACGACGAAAACUCUUGAGGCACUUUGGGAAGCCUGCAGUCCCAAAGCCAAGUUCUUGGGGGACAGCCCCAGUCAGCCCGACGGGCCUCACUUCUGAGUAAACACGUAGAGGAUUGCGCUGAAGGGCAAGGAUCCUGUGUACGCUCACCAGGGAGCCAGAUCUGUGGAACACCCGUGGGUCCGGCUGUGUGGCUUUACAGCGUGUGCAUGUUUACUAGGAAGGCAGCCCCGUAGCUAAGCUUGCACAGGAUUACAGGCUGAAGAAGCAGCUCCAAGACUCUCCUGCGGCUUUAGCCUCAGGAAGUGGUUUAAUGUUGUCCCUGAAGCACCCGCUUUCUUUCUUCUUGGUGUAUUCAGCCAGCACAAACGCACUCUCACGCAUUCAUUGUGAACACCGCAUUGCUAUUUUACUGUCCCUUCCCCAACUCCCCCCGCGACAAAACUGACUUGCAGAGAAUUCAAGAGACUCUUUGCAAUUGCACGAGAUCCGAGGAAGCGCUUCCCCCCGCGGGCCUUGUCAGUGACCAGAGAGGCCUCUUUCUGUGACUAUUUCUCUCCCACCCAUCUCUCCCGACUUUUAUUCUCGUGCGGUUGACUUGUGCCCGUGAACUUUCCUCGACUGCCUGGUAAACAAAAACGCAUUGGGGCGAUUAUUACAACAGCAGCAACAACUUUGAAAAGCUUUAAGAAAACUUGACUAGAAUGAACCCAGAAAACAUCAUCAUGAACAGCUCUGAGGUGCCUGGAGGAGGGGAGGGAGGUUUUGUUUCUGAAUCAAACGAAGAUUUAUUUUAUCCUCUGAUUUAGCGCAUCUUUCCCUCCCCCUUACAGAACGGGUCCAAUAUUCUGGGGGGAUGCAGGAGAGGACUAUGUUUUAUUGCGGGUCCAGCUACUUUGCUCGGAACGGGAUUCAAAAGUGUGUGUGUGUGUGUUGGGUGGGGUGGGGUCUACCCCCUCAGCCCCCUCCCCUCAGUCUUUGGCACAACUAGGGCAUGGAGACUGUGUUUCUCUUACUAUUACUUUUUUCUCUUUCGCUUCUGGGCUUGUUGCUUCCCUGGUCUCUCCUCUCCAGGAUGGAAAGUUGCGCAUCCUUUUAACUCAAUCCACGCAAGUCUUGCGGAAUUCAUGUAUAAGAUAGAAAGAUAACUUAUUGAAAUAUGUAUG